UCUCGACGACAUUGCCAAAACCCAGCGUCGUGCAGCCCCCCUACAAGCUUGUUGCAAAGGGAGAAGAGAGAGACAGAAGAAGAAGAAAGCCAAGGUUGACGAGAUCGAUGGCCGUCUUGAGGAGGACGAUGAAGCUCGCUCUGCCGAUGAUCGUGGCGGCGUUCCUACUUCUGGCGGUGCUCGGCGAGUCGCGGCCGCUGGGCGGCGCCGACUGGGCGGCCGCAGGAGGGACCCCGCUGCCGGGCGCGUCGACGACCAUGGCCCAGGCGCUCCGGCGGCUGUACACGCAGCGGCUGACCGGGCCGGGCGCCUCGUGCACCACCAACAGCCCGAACGUCCCCUGCCCGCCGUAGAGGCCGGGCGGCCGGCGGCGCGACUCGGCCGUCCUCCACGACCACCCCUUCCUCUCUCGGGUUCAAACUUGUUUUUGACGGACCAGCCCGGGCGGUGGUGGCGGGCUCACAGUGUUCGCAUGUUCUUUUUCCCUAGCUAGGACAUGGUUGGAUUGAUUGAAUUCGUUGGUUGGUUUCUUGGAGAUCUUUUUGUUGCCCGCGCGUGCUCUUCGCCGGGUGUUGAUUUGUACAGAAGAAAAGAUACUCGUAUACUUGGUAGGAUCUGUUCAUUUGAAUAAAACAUAGGCAAGGUGCAAAAGUGC